UUUCCCAUUUCUUCCUCAAUUCUCUCAUUUCGCGUCAAUGAAAUUUUAAACCUUUGCAUUUGUUUAUUGAAAAGUUUACAUUUUUCUUUUUGUUUGUGUUGGAUCCAACUAUGUUGAGAUUGAGAAGCCUCUUGUCCCUGAAAAGUUGUUCGAUUGUAGAAUUGUCAUUACCAAACGCAACAGAAGCAAUUCGUUUGGCUCCAUUUCAUUCCACGAGUGUUUUGUCUGAGAAAUCGAGGAAUGGUUCUGAUAAGGCCUCUGAACGCGAAAGAUCUUCAAAGAACUCCUCCAUAAGAUUCACAUGUACCGUAAAGGAGAAGGGACGCACUAGCGCUAAAAAGACUGUAGACAAACUCCUCUUCCACAGGGGAAUUAAUGAUCCGCUUCAGAAUGAGUGGCAUUUCGGGCCAAAUCCGCUGAUCCGGGAUAGGCAUAUGAAGAAAAAACCUCCACCUGGCCGAGGAAAGAAGCCUCGGGAUAAGAAAACAAAAAGAUGGCACAGAGAAGGAAAUCCUGAAGAUGACUUUGGCACUGAUGCUAAUAAUACAUUUGAGAGCAAAUGGAGAGAAAGGUGGACGAGUCAAUCUCAAAAGUCCUCAUAUUCGAGAGACUCGACAUCCGGAUUUGAAUGGAGAGAAGGCUGGAGCUGGACCACUCAAUCUCAAAGGAGCAGAACUUGGAAUAAUGAGUCUCUUGAUGAACCUUUGAAUGUUGGGUCUCGGUCUGAGAGGAUUGUUCUGGGAUUGCCUCUUGAUGGUCCAAUCAAAAUUGAUGAUGUUAAGAAUGCCUUCCGGUCUGCAGCUUUGAAGUGGCAUCCAGAUAAGCACCAGGGGCCUUCUCAGGCGGCAGCGCAAGAGAAGUUUAAACUCUGCGUUGAUGCAUACAAGUCCCUCUCUUCUGCACUCUCUUGACUUUACUUUACACAUAGGCAUUGAUGCAUUAUUGUAGCAUUAGUUGAUAAGGUUGCUUCUGAAAGUAUUUCCGGAGAUCUACCGAUUAUUUAAAUGAUAGGUUUGAUUUAUGGGAGAAUCCACCAGUAACGAGAUUGCAUAAUGGCCAAGAAUCACCAAUGUAUCUCUCUCAUUCUUUUCAAGAUUUGACAACAAAAAACAAUGCUAUAUGAGAAAGAUUUAUGUUCUUGCGCAUAGUUUGGACUUGUUAUAAAAUUUGAAACA